GCCUCAGUCCCCGGAAGUGGCGAGCUGCAAGCCGGGAUGGAGGAGGACGAGCUCGACUUGGCGGACGAGCUGGAGGCGGCCCUGCAGCUGGCCCCGGAGGUGCAGCUGGCCAUCGAGCAGGUGUUCCCCAGCCAAGACCCGCUGGACAGAGCCGACUUUAAUGCUGUGGAAUACAUUAACACGCUUUUCCCUACGGAACAAUCUUUGGCCAACAUCGACGACGUGGUGAAUAAGAUCAAGCUGAAAAUAAGGCGGCUGGAUGACAAUAUCCGGACUGUGGUGAGGGGACAGACGAACGUCGGUCAGGAUGGCCGCCAGGCUCUUGAAGAAGCCCAGAAGGCUAUCCAGCAGCUCUUCGGUAAGAUUAAAGACAUCAAGGACAAGGCUGAAAAAUCGGAGCAGAUGGUCAAAGAAAUCACCCGUGACAUCAAGCAACUGGAUCACGCCAAGCGCCACCUGACCACCUCCAUCACAACGCUGAACCACCUCCACAUGUUAGCUGGCGGGGUGGAUUCCCUCGAAGCCAUGACCCGGAGGAGGCAGUACGGGGAGGUGGCCAACCUCCUGCAGGGCGUGGUGAACGUCUUGGAGCACUUCAACAAGUACAUGGGGAUCCCGCAGAUCCGGCAGCUUUCUGAACGAGUGAAGGCUGCUCAAAAUGAGCUGGGUCAGCAGAUUCUGGCAGACUUCGAGGAAGCUUUCCCUGCCCAAGGCACAAAGAGAGCCGGAGGGCCUAGCAACGUCCUCCGGGACGCCUGUCUGGUAGUGAAUGUCCUGGACCCCAGAAUCAAACAGGAGAUCAUCAAGAAGUUUAUUAAGCAGCACCUCUCAGAAUACCUUGUGCUCUUCCAGGAAAACCAAGACGUUGCCUGGCUGGAUAAAAUCGACCGGCGCUAUGCUUGGAUCAAGCGCCAGCUGGUGGACUACGAGGAGAAAUACGGCCGCAUGUUCCCUCAGGAGUGGUGCCUGACUGAGAGGAUCGCCGUGGACUUCUGCCACAUCACCAGGACGGAGCUGGCCAAGGUCAUGCGCACUCGGGCCAGAGAGAUCGAGGUGAAGCUGCUCCUGUUUGCCAUCCAGCGGACGACCAACUUCGAAGGGCUGCUGGCCAGGCGCUUCUCGGGUUGCACCAUCUCUGACGCGGCUGUGCUGAAGCCGGAGUCUCCUCUUGCCUCCACCAACCCUUUUCUGGAGGACGAAAGCGUGCCAGAGACGGACGAAGCGGUGCUGGAAAAAGGCGACCUUGACAAACCCAAGAAGCCGAAGGUUCCAGAUAAUCCAUUCCACGGGCUCAUCUCCAAGUGUUUUGAACCCCAUCUGUACGUCUACAUUGAGUCCCAAGACAAGAACCUUAGUGAGCUGGUCGAUCGGUUUGUGGGGGAUUUCAGGGCCCAGGGCCCCCCCAAGCCCAACGUGGACGAGGGGGGAGCCGUGCUGCCCAGCUGCGCCGAUCUCUUUGUCUACUACAAGAAGUGCAUGGUCCAGUGUUCGCAGCUCAGCACCGGUGAGCCCAUGAUCGCUCUCACCACCAUCUUCCAGAAGUACCUCCGGGAAUACGCCUGGAAGAUCCUCUCCGGGAACCUGCCCAAGACGACCAGCAGCAGCAGCGGCCUGACCAUCACCAGCCUGCUGAAGGAGAAGGAGGGCUCCGAGGUGGCCAAGUUCACCCUGGAGGAGCUCUGUUUGAUCUGCAGCAUCCUGAGCACCGCGGAGUACUGCCUGGCCACCACCCAGCAGCUGGAAGAGAAGCUCAAAGAGAAAGUGGAUGCCAGCCUCGUGGAGAGGAUCAACCUCAUGGGAGAGAUGGACACCUUCAGCAUCGUGAUUUCCAACAGCAUCCAGCUCCUGGUGCAGGACUUGGACGCCGCCUGCGAUCCGGCUCUCACCGCCAUGAGCAAGAUGCAGUGGCAGAACGUGGAGCACGUCGGCGACCAGAGUCCCUACGUCACCUCGGCCAUCCUCCACGUCAAGCAGAACGUCCCCAUCAUCCGGGACAACCUGGCCUCCACCCGGAAGUACUUCACUCAGUUCUGCAUCAAGUUUGCCAACUCCUUCAUCCCCAAGUUCAUUAACCACCUCUUCAAGUGCAAGCCGAUCAGCAUGGUGGGAGCCGAGCAGCUGCUGCUGGACACGCACUCCCUGAAGAUGGUGCUUCUGGACCUCCCUUCCAUCGGGUCCCAGGUGGUGAGGAAGGCCCCCGCCAGCUACACGAAGAUUGUGGUGAAAGGCAUGACCCGGGCCGAGAUGAUCCUCAAGGUGGUGAUGGCCCCCCAUGAGCCCCCGGUGGUGUUUGUGGACAACUACAUCAAACUCCUGGCAGACUGCAGCACAGACACCUUCCAGAAGAUCCUGGACAUGAAGGGUCUCAAGCGCAGCGAGCAGAGCAGCAUGCUGGACUUGUUCCGCCAGAGGCUCCCGGCGCCCCCCUCCGGGGUGGAGAGUGGGGGCUCCCUCUCCCUUCCGGCCUCCACCCCUGAGCAGGAGUCGUCACGCAUCCGGAAGCUGGAGAAGCUCAUCAAGAAGAGGCUCUGAGGCCGUGGGGGCUGCACUCCAUCCCCCCCGCUCUAAAUGCACCCCAGUACCAGAGACUCUAGGGUGGCGCCCUCUUCCCGUUCUUCCCCCUCCCUUCCCCAGCAGAAUCCUCUUGCCCCUGGCGUGGGUUUGGAGUCUCCUCCAGGCCGGGGGAAAUGGUCCGGAGAAGCUCCGUCUGGCUUUGGACGGUCAUGGCGGGGCAUCUCCUCUCUGAAUGUUUCCCUGCAUCAUGGGCUCGGGUUGUGCGGAAGUUUUCCUUCCUGACCGGCCCUUGUGCUGGGAAGUGUGUGUUAAGCCCACGAUCUGCACGGCGAGGGUCUCUCUGUGCCUUCACCCCUCCAUCUUCCAACACGGCUCUUCUCGCUCGUCCGUCCUCGGCGGCACCAGCACAACUGUGCUUGCACGGGGUGGCCGCUAUGCGACCGGUGAGCCUCUGCAGUGCCGACAGGCAGGGGUUCCCAACCUGCCCCCUCCCCCCUGCCGCAGGUGUUGUUGGACUACAGCUCCCACCAUCCCCUGCUGCGGUAGCAGGGGUGGGGUGGGAGUUGUAGUCCAUCUUCAUCUGGGGCGCCGGGUGCCCUGAGAGGCCCAGAAGCAGUACUGAGAACAGAUGCGGGACAUGUGAGGAUGAUUCCUGCAGCGGGGCAGGGGAGAUGAAUGGGCUGGCAGUGCCAUGGAACGCAGCCCCCUUCAGUGUUACACAGCAGCACUGGGCGGGGCGGGGGAUGCCCUCUGGCGGCUUGCAGUUUUGCCCAAGCAGCCACCUUCAGAGAGAGGUCUGGCCUCUUUGAAGUUACUUGGAAUGCAGAAAGGGAGAGGUUUCUUGUCCUCUUGUUCCCUCUCCUUUCCUGGGGCGGGGACAGGCCCCCCCUGCCAAGCUUCUGGCCAGACAUCUGAGACCUCGCCAGGGCCUCUCUUACAGUCUAGGGUGCCGAGAGGAAGAACAGCUUGAGGGACUAAACAGCGGUCGGUUCUCCGCAAACGCGCUGGCCUUGGUGGGCAAGCUCCCUGCUCCUCACCCCAGACUGGUGCUGCUUGGAUUCUCUGAAGAGGCACAGAAAUGCCUCUGGCAGCGGACAGACAUGGUUUCCCUGCACCCCCCCCCCCUUCUGCUUCCUGUAAUCUUGUUGGUUUCUUCAAAAGCAGCCCUGCCUUGCAUCCUCAGCUGACUUCCUCCUCGGCUCCUGGCUCCAGAUUCCUUUUCGGGGUGGCCCCUUUCCAGUCUUGGGGCGUUUGUGGCUUCCUGGUGUGCCCGCCUCUGGAGGGGUGCUCUGGAAAAGGGCCUCCGCAAGUGAUCUCCGGUUCCCUCUGGCUGGGCGCGGACACAGGCGAGAGGAGCUGGAAGAGCCGAAGAAGCACUUCUGGAAACGCCGGUCCUGGACUCUGGGCCGGUGGGGAGGGGGCCCCUGCUAAUGCUAGCCAGCUUUAAAGGCUGCUGUGGAUGGCUGAGGAGAAAUCCCAGUAAAAGGACUGUCUAUGAGUGUGUUGCUGUGGGGUUACUCCCCCCCUGCUUCCCAAAAGUGGGGCGAGCAGGCCAAAUGUACUCCUGUCCAUAUCCUACCUUCACAGUGGCUUUUCAGCGGGGUCCUCUUUGUGAAGGCCCCAAUUCCUCAACCCCCAUUCCGCCUCACUUCUGCCCUGCAAUUAGGGGGGCAGGCAGUCUUUGCCUUUCAGGGGCAGCGUACACUAGAGGUAUGCAUGAAACGGCCCGGCCUGGUUUGCUUUGAAUCGGAACCAGAUCUGGCUAGUUCGGUUUCCCCCCUCCAUCGAUGACCCCCCCCCGGUUCAGUUUGUGGGGUUGGUGAAAGUUGUUGUUUUUUAAUUCAGUUACUCCCUCCAGAGAGCUCCUCCAAGGCAGUUGGGAUCUGCGGAGGUUUCCCCUCCCUCUGCCGCAAGAAAUUGUCCCGUUCAGGCAUUCGGCCCUUUCCUCUGUUGCAGUGGCCAUUUUGGAGGCUGCCACACAUACCGUGGUCAGGGUCAUGAACAGCUGGUGGGUGGGGUUGGUUUGGGGUCGAACCGGGGCUGGUUCGGUUCAACCCUGAACUGUUGAACCGAACCGGUUUGCACAUCCCUAGCAUACACCCCCCCCUUAGAUCAAGCCUCCAUCCUCCCCACCAGGAGCACUGCCUCUUGCUCUCUUGGCCCUCUGCCCCACUUGGGUGCCACCCAGUGCCUGACAGUGUUUACACUGGGUAAGGGUGUGAAAGGAAAGCUAAUCAAGGAAGGUGUGACUAAAGAUGUCCUUGCUAGGUGAAAUUGCAGAGUUGAUAAAGACCAGGAAGGUAAGAAAUGCUCCCCUUUGGCAGGCUUUGCUUCUCCUUUGCACUGCAGGAAUCUAGGCGAAAGGUGUCAGGCGUGGGGAGUGCACAGAGAGAACCACCUGCAGAUCUGUUGAACUUCCCCUGCUGGUGGAGGAUCAGCCUACCCUUGUCUUCUGUCCUGUUGAACGUUCAUUUGAAAAUGCCCUCUCUCCCUGUAUUUAUCAGACUCGAAUGAAACUGGAUUAUGAAGACUUUAAGUUGUACAUUUUCGGUUAAUAAAGAGGCUGGCUCUUUUCUGCUCUCCUCCAGCAUCUGUGUAA